UCUCGUUACCACCGAAAGGUUGCGAUAGUCUUAAGAACAUGUUCUCCGCUCUAUCGAGUUUUUCUCAGGCACUUGAUGUCAUCUAGAAAUUAUUCAGAUCGUCAUUGAUUCGAUCCACCGGAGGCCAUGCUAAUUUGGAGAAAAAUCAGGACUCCAAAGUGACUUAUAUAUUUACUCUAAUCUCUAGAAGCCGAAUCAUCGAAAACACUUUAAUGGGUCCAUCUUUUGAACUUCGUGUUUGCAAAUCCGAUUUUUUGUUGUCAUUACUGAUGUAGAAAAUCCCCCUCCCUUUCCUCAAAACUUAGACAAAUCGAACGCGAACUUUACCACCUUCUCUUGCUUAAACCUUCUUCGAGAUUCCCCUCCCCACAACUCUCUCACCUCUCUCGGCUUUAGAUCUGAGUUAGUUCCAUUUAAGUGCAACUUAAAUGAGUAAAGCGUCCAUGGAGAUCCAGACUUGUGUUCUAAAAGUGAACAUACACUGUGAUGGCUGUAAGCAGGACGUGACGAAAGCCUUGCGGAAAAUUAAUGGGGUUCUCACCGUCGAAGUAGAAAAAGAGCAGAGCAAAGUGACCGUUUUGGGGACCGCAGACCCAGAUCUACUGAUCAGGAAGCUCAGAGAAAUAGGCAAACAUCCAGAGCUUUUGAACGCUCAGAAGUCCCACAACGGCGACCCUGACCCCUGGAUCAGGGACAUUCAUAUUGACGGUGCCGACGAUGGCAACAACUACAAGGACCAAAAGGAGGGGGGCGGCGGCAGCAGCGGUGGAUCUUUAUGUUUAAUGGCUCCCUGAUGCCCUGUAGUGGAGAUACCUGCAUAUCUCCUAGUUGAAUUUAUCGGUAUUAAUAGUAACAGAUAACUGCUCUCUC